AUGCUGAGUAAUAAAAUAAUAAACCAAUGUUUGGAAUGGUUAUACAACCAAGAAUCACCAGUAAUUUUUACAUCAAAAGAUUUUGAAAAGAAGUAUAAAAAAGUGAAAUCUUUAAAUUCUGCUCAAUCUAAAGAAAUAUUAGAUUAUUUAAUACAAGAGGACCAUUUAAAUCUGAUUAAAUGUGGCACAAUAAAUGUAUAUUAUAUCUAUAUUAAUGAUAAAUACGAAUUUAACACAAAGCAAUGGUAUACCUUAUUGGAAAAGAAUACAAGUCAAAAGCAUCUUCUAAUUGAAAAAAGAAAAGAAUAUGAAAAACUAUUAAGGGAUAAACAAGAACAAGAACAAGAACAAGAACAAGAACAAGAACAAAAAAAUAUAAUAUCAAGAGAUGAUUUAUUGAAAAAAUACAAAAUAUUAACAAAUGAAUUAAGUCUAAAAGAAAGAGGGUUGAAGAAAUUGAAUCAACUCUCUAAGAGAUGGAAUUCUAAUUUUAUUCAAAAUUCUUUAAAUAAUAUAGAAACAAUGAAAGAAGAUCUGAUAAAUUUAAAAGAAAACAUCGAUAUUUUAAUUGAAUAUCUAUCGAAAACAUAUAAUGUGAAUGAAGAUGAAAUUAAAAAAGAAUUUGGCAUACCUGAAGAAUUUACCGUAUUCAUAUAA